AUGGCUCCGAAGCAGGCCCCUAAGCCCGAGUUCCAGGAAGGCGAGCGCGUGCUGUGCUUCCACGGGCCGCUGCUGUACGAGGCCAAGUGCCUCAAGGUGGCCACGGAGGACAAGCAGGUGCGCUACCUGAUCCACUACAGCGGCUGGAACAAGAACUGGGACGAGUGGGUGCCCGAGAGCCGCGUGCUCAAGUACUCGGAGGCCAACCUGCAGAAGCAGCGCGACCUGCAGCGGGCCAACCAGGAGCUCGUAGCCGAGGGCCGGGCGCGGGGCGGGGGCCCGGGCCGCAGGGGCGGCGGCGCGGCCUCGCUGCAGCAGCAGAAGCACGUGGAGACGCUCUUCCAGAACAUUCGCAUCACGCCCGCGGCCUCCACCUCCGAAGUGGCCACGGGCGCGGCGGCCGCCGCCCCAGCAGAGACCCCCAAUCCUGGACCGGGCCGCAAGACCCGCAAGAGCAAGCAGAAGACGGGCGGGGGCGACGGCGGCGCCGGCCCCAGCACGAGCGCGGCCCGGGAACCCCCGCAGCCGCAGCCUCAGCCCCGGCGCCGCGCCCGUGGGGUCCAGGCCUCCACCAGCGAAGCGGCGGCCGCCGCGCGCCCCGAGCCGCAGGUGGAGAUCCCCGCCGAGCUGAAGCCGCUGCUGGUGCGCGACUGGGAGCUGGUGACCCAGGAGGGCCGGCUGUUCACCGUGCCCGCCGCCAAGACCGUGGACGCCAUCCUGGACGAGUACGUGGCCUUCCGUCAGGCGCAGGGCCGCCGCGACAGCCUGGAGUACGCGGCCGAGGAGCUGGUGGGCGGCAUCCGCGACUACUUCAACGUGCUGCUGAGCACGCAGCUGCUGUACGAGAACGAGCGGCCGCAACACGACCGUCUGCUGGCCGCGUACCCCGACGAGCCCGUGUCGCGGCUGUACGGAGGCCCGCACCUGCUGCGCCUCUUCGUGCGCAUCGGGGCCAUGAUGUCCCAAGCCCAGUUCGACGAGAAGAGCCUGGUGCUGCUGUUCGGCCACCUGCACGACUUCCUGGGCUUCCUGGCCAGGGACCCCGACGCCUUCUUCAACGCGGCCGAGUACAGGCAGCCGGCCCAUGAUCUGGGCCCGAGAGGCCCCUGA